UCCUUCUCUCUUUCCACUUAAACUCAAUUCAAAACAUGCCUUCGCCUCAAAUCGAUUUCGAUUCUUCUUCUUUGGUCUUAUUAGCAUUUCGUAUGCUUUCAUCUUUUAAUUUUAGUUAUCCAACUCUCACUUGCAUUGGCUGCCAAUAGCAAUACUGCAACUCCCCUCACCCUCGCUCCAUGGAUUUUUUAUUUAACCCCCUUCUUUUUCUAAGGUCUUAUUGUUAAGCUGGUUCAACUAAAUUAGAUUUUCAAACAAAACAAUUAUAUAAUACCGCUUGUGCACAAUUACACGCACAUAUAAGCUCUGUAGUUCAUUUUUUUUUUUUUUUAUCAUAACCCGGCUUAUGUAUAUUCCUUACGUCUUUGGGCUGAAGCUAAUGUUGCUGUGCAUAUUUGGUUUCAAUUAUGCUUUUAUUUUCUUCGCUAUUAUCAAUCGUUUGCGCAAUCACUACAAUUUGGGUUUUCAUUGUUUUGGUCGUCUUGUUAUGAACCUUUAUUGUUUUCAAAUUGUUUGGCUAGAAGAUCUAAUUCCAGCCAUUUAUUAUCUUGCUUGGUGAUUUCAUGUCAAAUUGUUACGGUAUUUUGUGUUUCUUUGUAAAGUCAAGUGAACGAGCAAGGGGAGGGAAUUGCCUGCUAAUACUCCCCCGCCGCCGCAACCUUCUUUCUCCCAUUCUCUGCUUUACUGGCUUACAAAUAAAUACCUACCAACAUUUGGAUGUUAGCUUUAAAUUUUUUUAAUGGACCUGUUGUUUGGACAUUAUAUUAUAUGCAUGAAUUGGGAAAUCUUCUGUUCAAGUUUUAUAUAUAAUAUGGCUAUUAUAGAGUUGUUAAAUAGCCGCUAAAGCACUAUCGCAUUCUGGAAUUCCUUGGAUCCGCAAUUGCCACUCUGUCCGCUAUUUUGGUCGGCAUGGGUGUCAUGGUUGUGGUAUGCGUCCUGCAUCCUCUUGUCGUCUCCAGGUAAACAUGCUUAAUUCUGAAGGAGAACUUAAAAUAAGUUUUGGCUAUAAAUGCAAUAGAGAUAGAGGUAUUCCUUGUGAAGUUGUCAGUGGCUGCAAAAUCCUUCCUGGAGUAUGUAGAACAAGCAGUUUCUCCUGCUUGUCAGGUGCAGCCUUAAGUGCAAAUGCUACAUUAGCAAACACAAACAUCUGCAAUGGUAAGAUAGGAGAAGAAAUCCUUCCAAGUUGGGACUCUCCUACUUCAUUUCGAAAGGUAACCUCUUCGCCAAGUCUUUCAAAGUUGGACAUACUAUCAUCCUCCCCCCCGAAUAGUUUGUCUUACCUUAGCUGCAGUCCUUCUACUGUAAGUGAUAUCCUUGAAUAUGACUCUUGCACAUUAAAAUCCAUGAGUGAUCCUUCCAGAAGUGAAGGUUUUCUUAAUGCUAAGGAAGUUCAGGUAGCAGGAGGAGCUGCUGGUGAAGAUAGAGUUCAAGCAGUUUGUUCUGAAGAAAAUGGGUGGCUAUUCUGUGCAAUAUAUGACGGCUUUAAUGGAAGAGAUGCAGCUGACUUUCUGGCUGGUACCCUGUAUGAAACCAUCAUAUCUUACUUUAAUAAGUUAAUUUGGGAAUUGGAGCCGGGUUCCAUCAAAGCUUAUGAUAAAGGAUGCUUGGGUGGAUCCCUGCAAUAUAAGUUGGAUGAUAGUCUUAUUUAUCACGAGAAUCAAUCUCUGUCGAGAUUUAAGGGAAUAAACAAUUCUAAUCAUGGUUGUUUUGCAAAGUGUAAUCCUUCUACUAAGUCAGAAGUAUCAUGUGAUUCAUUUUCACAUGGGGUACUUGAUAUCCUUCAACGUGCCAUUAGUCAGGCUGAGAAUGAUUUCUUGUACAUGGUUGAGCAGGAAAUGGAGGAACGUCCUGAUUUAGUUUCUAUUGGAUCUUGUGUUUUACUUGUGCUUCUUCACGGUAAUGAUUUGUAUACACUUAAUCUAGGUGACAGCAGAGCAGUAUUGGCAACAUGCGGUACAGCUGAUCGGAUGGAUAAGAGUGAGAGACUCAAGGCUAUACAGCUUACAGAUAAUCAUACUGUUGAUAAUAAAGUUGAAAGAGCUAGACUUCUGGCUGAUCAUCCUGAUGAUCCCAAGAUUGUUAUAGCAGGAAAGGUGAAAGGUAAAUUGAAGGUUACUCGCGCUUUUGGAGUUGGCUACUUGAAAAAGAAAAGUCUGAAUGAUGCUUUGAUGGGAAUCCUUCGAGUUCACGAUCUUAAAAGCCCACCAUACAUAUCCACUAACCCAUCAUUGAAUGUCCAUAGAAUCUCAAAUUCCGAUCAAUUUGUUAUAGUAGGGAGUGAUGGUUUAUUUGACUUCUUCAGCAAUGAUGAGGCAGUAAAGCUUGUGGAGUCUUAUAUCUUGAACAAUCCUUUUGGUGAUCCAGCAAAGUUUCUCAUAGAACAGCUUGUAGCUAGAGCAGCUGAUUCUGCCGGUCUGAGCAUGGAAGAGUUGAUGAAUAUUCCAGCUGGAAGGAGAAGGAAGUACCAUGACGACGUGACCGUAAUUGUAAUCAUGCUAGGGAUGAAUCAGAGGACUUCAAAGGCAUCAACUUGCAUUUAAGAUUUGCCAAUUCUUCAAAAAAAAUAAGAAAGUUAAAAAAACAAAACAAAACUUUGUACCUAUGUAGCUUUUCACAGGACGCUCUCGUGUUAAGUAGUAUUUCCUAGGUUCAAGUUGUGGUAUUUAAAAUGUAUAUAUGGCAUCUUACAAGAACCAUUAGGUUCUAUCAUUUGUAAACAUUGAUAGAAUAGCAUUAUCACCGUUUUUUAUGUGCACUUAGAACUCAACAAUUGCACUCCUUACCAUUGAAUGCUGAUAUCUCAUGAGUUGAUAUGCCCA